CACCCUGGUGUUUACCCCCCUUUGAAGGUGCAGGGGCAAUCCUUCUACAGCACUUAAUCCUUGAAAUUGUGGCUAAGCCAUGCUACAUAAAAAUCACAAUAUAACGUUUUUAAUUUCCGAUUGUAGGAAUAAAAUCGAUACAACUUCCGUGUUUACAUCGUUUAAUCCGUGGGAAUGUUGAUCACUGUGCUAUUUGAAACUGCUGCCGUUCAAUACAUACAUUUAGCGCAUGCGCACCGUCCCAAUAGGUUAUUUCCUUUUGUUUGUUGUGUGUUGGAUGUGUACGUGUGCGUGUGUAUUAUGUUAGUAUACUUUUGGGCCAUGCGGGGUUAUAUUUUGACUUAAUAUCUGUAAAUUACAAUUAUUAUAUAUUUGCAGUAAUUUACUAGUUGUGCCAAGUCCAUAAAGGUUUAACAAUAUUAUGAAAUUUUAGUUACCGGUUACUUUCAUUCAAUUUCAACGUUGUCAUUAUCAUUAGUCAUUAGUAAAAAAAAUCAAACAUGACAAAGUUUGUCAUGAUACUCUAGUCUAUAGUCUAUACUAUAGUAUACUAUACUCUAUGACAGUCUGUGAUUCAUAGACUGAUUAUCAAGAAAGUAUGUCACAAACUCACAAUGAUUUGGGCUAUUUCUACUCGAUCAUGAAUCAUUUUCAUAGAGGAGGGGCGGCCUAGUCUUACUCUAUGCCAACCUGCACUCACCUUCCUUAACUCCUAACUAAACUAGUUAAGUUAACAAACAGAAGCCACUUGACUUAGGCUUAGGUCUAUAUCAUACUUUAUGUGAAGAUGAAGAAGUGUACAGAAAAUGCCACCUGGGAUUGGCUACUGUACUGUAGACUUAUUGUUAUUAGUUUUGGUAUUAGCGUCCCAAAGUCAGACUUCUAAUUCAUUCAGUGUGUCAAUAACUUAACAAGUAAUAUAAAUAUAAUAUAAGUCUACCAUUUAAGUCUCAUUUUUUAGUCAUUUCUAUUGGUAGCUAAUUGUCAAUAAUAUAAUAGCUUCUAAUUCUAGGGAGCUAUUUGUAGCAAACUAACAGCUUCUAGAGAGCUAUUGGCUAUUGGUACUCCACUACCAGUAGCUUCAAGGCGGCUAUUGGUAGUCUACUAUAAAAAAAACUACCAAUUGGUGAUAGAUUUAUUAUGUAAUGCAGUAUUGGUAGUCUCUGGGUUUUUUUUAUUACAUCACUGAAAUCACUUGCUUAACCCCUUCAUUUCCGCUGGUUUUUGGGCAUCGAUAUUUGCUGACUCAGCAACAAAAACCCUCUUCUCUCUUUUUUUUAAAUGAUGAAAUUUUCGGUAUUUUUCACCCUCUAUCAGAUUCACUUUUUAACUUCUCUAUAGAUUAACGAAUUAAGAAAUAUAUAACAUUGAAAUAUGACGUCGACGUGACAUCCUUGAUAUUUCAGAAAAAUUCUUUGCCUCUUUGUUAUGACCACAAUGUGAAGUCCUUGGUAAUUGAAAGUGGGUGAUCGUGAUGUCGCUUCGACGUCAUCGGUAGCGAAGUGUAUAAGUAGGAUGUAUGUUGCCCAAAACAAAGUGUGACAACAAAAUUUAUUAUUUGCAUCUAGUCUCAUAAAUUACUCCAAUCAGAUUUUCAAGACAUAAUACACUUAUUUUUCUUUCUUUGUAUAUACUUUAUUUUAGGAUCAAGGCAUUGAUUCUGCAUAGGAUUAAAAUUAUUAGUAAAUGGUGAUGCCUAGACGUUAAAUUAAUUUUUGUUAUAGAUCAUCAUCAUUUAGUAGAUGCACAAUAUUACCCAAUGAAAUUGUUUAAUUAUUGUUCAUAAAAAUAUCCAUGCCAUGCCCAUGCCUUUAUUAGUUAAUGAGGGCUCAACUGUGUAAAUAAUACUCAGUAGACCUAUCUCCUAACAUAAAAUUAAUUAAUUGUGGGGGGGUGGGGGCUGUCACAUGACCAUGUUCCUAACCAAAGAUUGGCCCAAGUUUAUAACUUUUGUUAUCAUCUUUAAGCCUAAUCACGUUAUUAUAUAGUUUCAUUUAACUAAUACGGAGUAAAACUAUUAUUAAGAUAAUUAUAGUAAAUUAUAGAUAUAAUAAUUAGGCCUCAAUUUUAAUUUAUGAUCAUAAUAAUUAGCACACACAAAUUUUUACUGCUAGAUUUUAUUUUUACUGCACAUAUUACUUUGGCUUUGGGACAAAAGAAGCUCAGUAGAAUUUUUUUCAGAUUAAAUGAUCCCCUUCCCACCAGUAUCAUACAUCUUUCUAUAUUAGAUCUAUAUUAUAAAUUACAAUUUUAUAGCAAUAUAGCCAAAUCUGAGCAUGGGGCUACAGCAGACAGUGUUAAAACAAUACUGUAGAUUUUAAUUUUAUAAUUAGUAGAGAGAUGUUGUCAUUAGUACGAACUAGUAAUAAAUGAACGGGGCAAUACUUUGCCAGCUCAUUGAAAGCAGGUUUUUAAAGCUGCAAUUUUGGUUUGAUUUGAUUGGCUAGACUACCAUUAGCACUCUAGAAGAUAUUGGUAGUUAACUACAAAUAGUUCCCUAGACGCUAUUUGUAGUAAACUAACGAUAAACCCUUUCUAAUUUUUGUGUCUUCCCCUUGGCAAUGAAAAUCACAAUGUCUAGCAUGCAGGGUGCCAAGUCUGGCACAAGGCCAUAGGUGCUGACGAUGCCUGGCCUAGGCCUAUACCUAUAUUAUAGUAUAGAAUACUUUCUACUAGAUAUACUUUUAGUGCCUUCUAAUAGUUCGAGACUAUGGCCCAUGACUAAUAUAACUUUAUUCAACUAUGUUAGUGUUAGUGUAUGUAUCUUUCUAACCAUCAGACCUAUACUCGCUAUAUAAACAUAAUUUAAUAAUAUAUUAUAAAAAUAAGUAAUAAUUGGGGCCAGGGCUGAAGGAAGUAAAUAAAUUUCUCCUUAUCUUUACUGUAAAGAUUUUAAUAAAAAGUAUGUUUAUGGUUGGCCAGCAGGAUGCUAUGUCGCCUGCCUAUGUACUCAUUUAUUUAAUUGAAAGUUAAGAUUCCCAGGGCUCAAUCACACCAUGAAAAUUAAUAUUGCAUCAGAAGUUUAUAUUAAAAACCUAUUUAUUUUUGUUUAUGAGGGGCUAAUUCUUUACAAAUAUUCUUUUGCUUCAGGGCCUGAUUUUCAACUGGAGUUGCCUUAUGCAAAGCACAUGGAAUACUUUUUUUUACAUUUUUUAAUCAUCUAUGAAAGGUAUUGAAAAAGUGCAGCUGAUAACAGUAUUAAUGCCUGAUUAUAAAGUAAAUUUUAAAAACUAUUAAACAAGGUGAUGUUACUUUCAACUGAGACUCUAUAUGCUGCUGCAAGAAAUAUGAAGACAGAUAAAUUACAUUGUAAAGGCUCUUCAGAUUUUAAACAGCUGUCUGUGUUAAAAAAGCUAACACCUACAAUUGAAAAAAAUGCUUUAUUACCUAUAAAUGUUAAAAGGGCUCAGGCUUUGAAUAAAAAAGACUUAAAGAAAGCAAAGACAGUGGACUCUAAUCAUUUUGGCACAAGUGAGAUGAAAUUGGAUAAAGCUCCAUUAGAGUUUAAAGAAAAGAAUGAAUAUCCUGACCACACCGAAGAUAGUUCACAUGAUAAAAAAGGUUUCAAAACACAUAAAAAUAAAAAAGGUAUAUCUUUAAUUUUGAUUUUGUGUAUCAUAGAAAUUUGUGACAGAAAUGUGACAUCAUUUAAAUAUGUAUUUAUUACAUUAGAAUUCAAGCAUGAUUUUGUUUUCAAGUUUUGAAUAGUGUUUCUAAUUUUUUUUUUAAUAAUGCGCUUGAGGGCUGCAGUCAGAAAAUAAAAUUUUGACCUUGGUUUUUGGUACUAUAAUGUAACUAAAUGGUGUUUUCUUCUUUGGGUAAACAUAAAAUGAAGCAAGGUUUCACAUAUUCUUAUUUUUCCAGAAUAGUACCAGCUUUCUUAUAAUUUAUCCAGAAUUCAAGAAUCCAAUUCAAGACCUUAUUAAAACUAGACUAAUCUAAUAUGAUUUUUUUUUUUUUUAUUCUCUAUUCAUAGGCUCAAAGAAAAAGCAUGAUGGAGCAUCUAACUGGACUCGAUUAUGCAUGGUAGUAGCAGUGUUUGUUGAAAUAGAAACUUACUGUAAUGGUGUACUCUGAUUGUCAGAGAGAAACGAAAGAUUAUUUAAGCUAAUUACAAGUUUAUCUUUGAAAUACUAUCUCUCACUAUUCAUAUUUAGUUUAAGAGUUGGCAACUAUUUAUUUUUUUAAAGCCCAAGAUUUUAUGAAAUUCAGUUUGGUAACUAUUGUGCAUCUUUCAGAAACUUCACAUUAAUUCUACAACUAGAAAGAAUAAACCAGAAAAUGUGAAGAGAAUGGCAGAGGACGAUAUAAGUCCGGAUAGCAAAAGGUAAGCUAAAAAUGUAACCUAUUUAUUUGUGUUCUCCAUCUGAUGAUCUGAUACAAUCAUAAUUUCGUUUUGUUUUAUCUAAAAGACUUUGUUAAAUUUUUCUGUUGAUAGAGCCAUCGUUAGCCUCUGACUCAGAGAUGUGAAGACUGAGAAUCUAACUUCCCAAUACCUUGUGACAGCAUAUUUUAAUUACACUACUAUUUGAUUCACUUGAUUUAUAAACUUGAAAGAAACAUUUACUCAUUUAAAAUAUUUUUGUUGAGCUUUCUAACUUAAGGACACUACUGUAUUCUUAUUCUAAUCAAUGAUUUGAUAACAACUUCAAUAAACAAGUGUUAUUUUAAUCCUACUUUGUUUAAUACUACAUUCAAAUAACAUUUUAGGCAUGCUUGUUUUCCCUCCAGGUUAAAGCCUGAUGUCUGGUUUGAUAAUGUAGAUAAUAUCCUAAUUGAAUCUGAUAAGAGUCAGAUUAAAAAGGAAACAAUGGAUCCUUUAGUCAAGCCAGAUUCUUUCAAGGGGUAAAGUUUUUUUUCUUUUAAUACAUAUGAGUGCACAAUGUAUAAAAAAAGGUGGACUUCUUUUUAUUUAUUAUUGAUUUAAUUCUGGUUCAGACUACCAUAUAUAAUUAUCCCAAUAGAUAAAUUAUGGAAAGUUACUUUGACUUCCCCAUGACACUACACUUACUUCACCUUUAAAAUCAAUAGGUGUUUCUCAUUUCCUUAUAUCCUAACAUAUGUCUUUUGUUUUUUUAAUUUUGUGAAAAAACAGAAGGCUACUCUGAUGCAAAUUUAAAAACAGCUGCACAAUUUUCAAUAAUGCUAAUCAAAGAGAUGUGACAUCACUUUUUCUUGGCUAAAAAUUGUGUGAUCUUAUGACAAAAAUUGAGAAAUGUUUUCAUUUUGAAUCAGUUUCUCCUUAUGCCUAAUCGGAUUUUGAGUUUAAAUUUCAAAUAUUUCUUGUAUAGAAAUAAUUGUGAAAAUAAUAAAAUAUCAUUGCUAUUGCGACAUAUUUCUGAUAUCAAGAGGAUUAUAGUGGUUUUCAAAAUGCAAGAAAAUCUGAGAGAUAACGAGGACGAAAUCAUUAUGGACUUGGUUCCCCUUUCUAUAAAUAAAUAUUUAUUUUGUUUUUCACAUUACCAUAUUUAUUACUUAAUUAUGUAUUUUAACCAAAUCAUUUCUUAUAAAUAAAAUAACAAAAGUAACUUUAAAUUAAGCUUCUUUUGAAACCAAUUAUUCAUAUUAUUGACUUCAAAUGCUACCAAUAUCUCCUUUUCAUCUGACAAGAGCAAUAUUACUAUGACACUUUGGCCACAUUAACAUUAUUAAUCCAGCUUUUGAAUUUGGAAUGACAUAGCUAAAAAACUGAUAAUUUGGCCUAGAGAUAAUAAGUCCUUAAUUGUUUCGUUUGUAAAUUGAUACAUUAGUUAUUAAAAUAUUUCUGUAAAGCUUUUUUUGUGAUCAAAGUCUAAAUUUUGAUAGUAUAACAAUCCACAACUAAUUCGGUAAAUACCAUAGGCAUGUUGAUUGAAGAAGUUUGUGUUUUCUCUCCACAGAUUGACAAACUGUGUUGCAAUGGACUGUGAGAUGGUAGGUGUUGGCCCGAAAGGUGAAGACAGCAUUUUGGCAAGAGUCUCCAUAGUCAAUCAUUUUGGAGUUUGCUUGUAUGAUAAAUUCGUCUUACCUACAGAGAAAGUUACAGAUUAUCGCACACAUGUCAGCGGUGUAACUCCUCAAAAUCUAUCAACUGGUAAUUCCUUGCAAAUUGUUAUCUUUUAUUUCUUAAAUUUUUCUUAUAUUUUACAUAUUUCCAAAAUAUGGUUGUCCGUUAAAAUCUUAUUUUUUACAGUUAUAAUACAUAAAUCAGUUUUUAAUCUUGCUUUUUUGUAAAACCCAGCUUCCCACAAUAACAUGAAUAUGGCAAACACUUUCUAUUUCUUGUUAUUUCUUCAUUUGUCCUGUCUGCUGAGGGAUGCUCUUAACCUUAACUUUUUUUGUUGUCCUCUAUUUCUAUUCCAAGCUUCCACAUACCUUGUUUUUCUAUUUAAUUACUUGCACUUGCAGCUAUGAUAAAUUUUAACUUGAUAUGGAAAGGGUUUGUUAUUUUACAAACCAGAUUAUAGUAUAAAAAUGAUUUAAACAUAUGUUAUUAAUUAACUGGUUAACUCACAUAUAACAGCUGCAUUUACAAAUGUCAGUUUUGAAUAAUAUGUAAUAGGGGAAGAAAUGUGAUCAAUGGUAAUAAUAUUAUAUCAAACUAGACUUAGGUUGCAAAGAACGUAGAGGUUAAGCAUGCUGAAAAUUCAGUAAAGCAUUUCAGCUUUUUGUGUAUGUCCAACAUUUAAAGUAAGGAAAACCUAAUCAGAUGAUAAAUGUGUUAUUUCUUAUGCUUUUAUCUUAUAUGCCCAAGCUAUAAAAUGCCUCAAAUAAAUUCUUACAGCCGAAGAAUUUUCAAUGGUUCAAAAGGAAGUCAGUGAUAUUAUUCGUGGUCGUAUACUUGUCGGUCAUGCACUCCAGAAUGAUCUUAGGGUGAGUUUUUAAAAUGUUAUUAUAUAUAUCUAUAUAAAAUCAAUAUAAUUAAUGCCAAUCCUCCUUUUUGUGGUAAUUGGAUGUAGUGUAUCGUAAUGGUAAUUGGAUGUAGUUUAUCAUAAAUGGUGAGAUGCCAGUAAUUAUGAAGGAUUUGGGAAAUGUUUUUUAGUAGGUGUGUUCCUGAGAUUGUGUAGGGUGGAUGAAAUGCAUUUCAGGCCAUCGGGAAUCCUAGAUCCGAAAAUCCAUGUUUGUGUUUUUCCUUGUAUGAGCUAUACAAAUAUAUUUAAAUCAUGAUUUUGCACUGUUUCUAGGUCAGUCGUUAAUGUUUAAUGUAAGUUUUUAUAGGUGCACAAAAUGAACGUCUUUUCUGUGCGCUGUGCGUAAGAUAGCUUUGUGCGAGAUCAUUGUGUUGAGUGUUAAUUUACUAAAUGUCUAAAUGUGGUGAAAUUUAUCAUUAUUGAAUAGUCAUUCCUAGACCAAGUAGGUCAUUGGAAAGCUUGACCAGAUUCUAAAAAAGUUGGCACAACUUUUGUUGCACACCGUACAAGCAUCCAAGACUUUUUCAGCUAUAUUCUGAAGAAUAUUUGUUUACUUUCUAGGUGUUAUUUCUGACUCAUCCCCAUAAAUUGAUUCGGGAUACCAGCCAGUACAAGCCUUUUCGUGAACUGUUCAAAGGCAGGCUACCUUCAUUAAAAAACUUAACGGAAAAAGUUUUGGGUGUAAGCGUACAGGCAGGGCAGCAUAGCUCAGUAAGUUUUUUCCUUUAAGUAAGCAUAAUUAUGUCACUAAAUCUGAAUUAAAUAUCUUAUUAUUUUAGUUUUCUUAAAGAAAAUUUUUGUUAAACUUUUGUAUUUAGUUCAAUGAACUCUACUGAAGCAAAGGAUUUCUUUAUCUCUGAUUUUUUUAUUUUUUUUUAAAACAUGCUGUGGGAGAACUAAUUUUGGUUUGCCAUUAUCCUAAGAAGUGAAUGAAGAAAUUAAGUUCAAAUUUUAAUCUUUAUUAAAAGAUUUAAAAAAAAUUAAAAUAUAGAUCUAAUAGAUUUUUACUUUUGCUAUUUAAUGUCUGUAUUUAGUUUGAUUAUGGUAAUGAUGAAAAAACUAAGAUAACUUACCACUUUUUACAUAACUUUUGAAAUCUGUUAACUCAUUUAUUUGUUUCAAGAUCCAGGAUUCUCAAGCUGCCAUGCGUCUGUACACCAUGUUUAGACAGAAGUGGGAAAAAGAGAUUAAAAAAAAUAAAAGAUUAGAUAGGAAAAAAAAGAAGAAAGUCAAACCUGCCAGUAAGAAAGGUCAAAAGUAAUAGCCGGGAAUAAUGCAUUUACCUUUAUUUCUUUAUCUAUUUGCAAUAAAUAAAAACAAAAUAUGUUCAUUA